AGCACCGAGCAGCACCGAACAGCACCGGGCAGCACCGGGCAGGGCUGUCCCCGCCCCGGCCCCACGGAGCCGCCCCACGCGGGGCGGGGCGCAGCCGGUGCGCUGGGUCCGGCGGCGGAGCCGCUCCGGGAAAGGCUGCGCGGAGCCGAGCGGUGCGGAGCGGAGCCCAUCGGGGUGCGGUGCGGAGCGGCGGGCGCUGCCGGCGCCUCCCCGCUGCCCGCGGGGCCGGGGCGCGGCGGCGGGGAGCAGAAUCUUCUCCUUAAUCCCCAAAGGGAGGGGAGAUGACAUCUCGGCUCCUCUGAACCGCCUGUGACCGGCAGAGCCAUGGAUCUGGAAUUCGAGCUGCCCAACGCCACCGCCUUCUGGUUCUCCCCAGCUUCCCCGUUCGACAACUUCUCGGUGGAGGCGCCCACCAACGCGUCGCAGAACGCCACCGGCCAGCACUUCGACCUAACCAGCAACGCCAUCCUCACCUUCAUCUACUUCGUGGUCUGCAUCGUCGGGCUGUGCGGCAACACGCUGGUGAUAUACGUCAUCCUCCGCUACGCCAAGAUGAAGACCAUCACCAACAUCUACAUCCUGAACCUGGCCAUCGCGGACGAGCUCUUCAUGCUCGGGCUGCCCUUCCUGGCCAUGCAGGUCGCCCUGGUGCACUGGCCCUUUGGCAAAGCCAUCUGCAGGGUGGUCAUGACGGUGGAUGGGAUCAACCAGUUCACCAGCAUCUUCUGCUUGACGGUUAUGAGCGUUGACCGGUACCUGGCUGUUGUCCAUCCCAUUAAAUCUGCCAAGUGGAGGCGGCCCAGGACAGCCAAAAUGAUCAACGUGGCCGUCUGGGGUGUCUCCCUGCUGGUGAUCAUGCCCAUCAUGAUUUAUGCCGGGGUGCAGCACAACCACGGCAGGAGUAGCUGCACCAUCAUCUGGCCGGGGGAAUCGGGCGCGUGGUACACGGGCUUCAUCAUCUACGCCUUCAUCCUGGGCUUCCUGGUGCCUCUCACCAUCAUCUGCCUUUGCUACUUGUUCAUCAUUAUCAAAGUCAAGUCCUCAGGCAUCAGAGUGGGCUCCUCCAAGAGGAAAAAGUCCGAGAAGAAAGUCACCAGGAUGGUCUCCAUUGUGGUUGCUGUCUUCAUCUUCUGCUGGCUCCCCUUCUACAUCUUCAACGUCUCCUCCGUCUCCGUCCUGAUCGUGCCCACGCCCGUCCUCAAGGGCAUGUUCGACUUCGUCGUGGUCCUCAGCUAUGCCAACAGCUGCGCCAACCCCAUCCUUUACGCCUUCCUGUCCGACAACUUCAAGAAGAGCUUUCAGAACGUCCUCUGCCUGGUGAAGGUCAGCGGCAUGGACGACGCGGACCGCAGCGACAGCAAGCAGGACAAGUCCAGGCUCAACGAGACCACGGAAACCCAAAGGACCCUGCUCAACGGUGACCUGCAGACGAGCAUCUGAGGGGCCGGCGGCGUUGUCCUCUGCUCGCUCUCCUCUCCCCACUUGCUCCCAGCAGCACGCAGGGAGUCAGGGGAUGGCAGCGCGCACGCCGGAGGGCCGGGUGUCCUCAGCUGGGCUGGCUCCCGAGCUGCUGGCGGGCUGGCUUGUCGGCACUGGGAAGGAUGUGGUUCUGAGGAGCUGCCUCGCCAGGAGCACAAAGACAACUCGUAGAAAUCCCCACGUGGCAGCGCGCAUUUAAACACCAAAGUGCCACCGUGGGACACAGCCAUCGCAGGGGCAGCGCUGCUGGCUCCUCUGGCGUUACCCUCAGGGCUGAAGGCAGCUCUGGGUGCUCUGCCCCGGGACGGGUGCUUGCACGUGGACAGACGCCGUGGAGCCUGGCCGGGCUGCGCCCUGCACGCAUGAGGGGGUGACCUCAGGAGCUGCCACCGCCUGUGCCACCGCCUGGAUGCGCUGAGACCUGGCAGGAGCUCCCUGGGCGUGCUGCGCUCCUGCAGUCCCCGAGGAGAUGAGGAUGUUUGGGGUUGUACUUUGCCCAGCUUAGCACUCAGCCACGUCCCCUGAAGCCUCCCUACUGCUGUUUGACUGCGUCCUUUGCAGAAGGGGUCCGGCCGCGGAGGAGGCGCAGCAGGACGGAGGCAGCUGCCCCGAGGGACGCAGCCCUCUCCUGUGCCCCCCGCUGCAGGAGAGCCCCUGCCCUCCUCCCUUCCAUGACGUCACCUUCCUGCAGGUUUUCUCCUCGGAUGGAGGAUUUCCCCCUUUUCCCUCCUGCCGUCCGGAUCCGUUCGCAUCAGUCUCUGGCUGCGCCACCGGCCUGACACCGCCGCUGUCCCCAGUGAGCCCUGGUCAGGGGGGCUGAGCAGCCACAGCACGGUCCGGUAGGAAAUCCUCGGGGGUUGGAGUGCCCUGGUGCAGGCUGCUGUUCGUCCCGUCCUGC